UUUACGAUCAGAAUCAGAUCCACCGCGUACGUCUCACGGCGCUGACGUCUACAAAUUACGUACUAUAAAACAAAAACAACAACAAUCAUUUGAGUGUUUGAUUAAAAAUUAUUAUGGUUAGCAAGGAGCUCACCUAAAUAAAGUGUUUAUUGAUUAGUGUUGUGCCCAUUACGGGAACAAUGUGACAGAUAAUUAACGAAUAAUAUUCAGUGAAUAGUGUUAACAUAGUGAUAUAACACCUUAUUGUUGUGUUAGAAUUUGAAUAUGGAAUCACAUCAUUAUUGGGAAGAGAAUGGACAUGCCGUUAAGUACGACAAUUACAAUUCAAACGACGGUUUUGGUCGUGCUGGCGAGCUCAACUUCGCGGCUCCUUCGGAGGACGAGGCUGAGUAUCCUCCGGCAGUAUUUCUCAAGAAGGGGAAGGUCUCGAGGCAAGAUCCGAUGUCUCAUCGCAUCAUCGAGAAACGUCGUCGUGACCGAAUGAACAACUGUCUGGCUGACCUUUCACGCCUCAUACCUCCGGAAUACCUCAAAAAGGGCAGAGGCCGCGUCGAGAAGACCGAGAUCAUAGAAAUGGCUAUACGUCACCUCAAAUUCCUACAGGACCGCGUCAAUGCGGCGGAGCGACAGGCCGGUGACGACUACCGCGCCGGCUACCAGGAGGCGGUGGCGGAGGCCGUGAGGUUCCUCGUCGAGGUGCAGGGAUUCGGCCCCGGAGACGGCCUCUGCCUGCAGCUCGCGUCACAUCUACAAAGGCAUUGCGAGUUUGUUACUAAAGGCGAGCACACACGUGACAAGCCACGCUCGCACCCGGGGUCGUCGUCGGAGACUGCCAGCUCGUCCAGCAGCUCCCACGGGUUUGGAGUCAAGGUGAUUCAGCGGCCAGAGCUUCCGCCUUUUCCAGCGGAGACCUACGACCAUGAGCGACAAGAACCACCGUAUGCUAUGGAAUGUGAUAGAGUAUCGGUGUUGCCGGCGGCUGAGACGGACGCGCCGGAUGCGCCGCUCGACGGACGUCUCAAGAAAGAACCUGCGCUGCGCAAAGUGCGGAAACCCGAACAUACCGACGAUUACCUCCACUCCUAUAAAUUUAAGAAUUCCAUAGAAAGGCGAUUUUCGAGAUCGCAAGAUACCGAGACGGCGGAGGGCGCGGGGCGCGGCGCGGCGCACGGCAAGCUGUACUCGCACAAGCGGCGCCGGCAGGCCAAGCCCGCCGCGCCCGAGUCCACCUCCGCCUCCACCUCCGCCUCCGCCUCCACUGAGGACGCGCAGGACACUUCGCCGCAGGACACGUCGAGUGACUCCCCCCACCACCACCAGUACGACAAGCCGCCGCCUCCCACGCAAUACGUGCCAGUCUUUGCAUUAAAUUCGCUCGGCAAGUACUACGUGCCGCUGAGCGUGGAGUACGCGUGCGUGUCGCGCCAGCUGGGCGCGCUGGAGGGCGACGUGCGGCCGCUGGCGGCGCUGCACCCCGUCACCAUACACGUCAACUUCCAGCCGUGCCUCAACUACCACGUCAAGCGCGAGCCCGCCGACCCCUGGCGGCCCGCCUGAGUGCCCGCCUGAGUGCCCGCCUGAGUGCCCGCCUGAGUGCCCGCCUGAGGGCCCGCGGGCUACGACGUUAUUGCCAGUUCAUGACUUAAGUGUCGCCGUGACAUUUUUAGAACGAUACAUAAGUUUUAAUAACUCCAACUGAAAUUACAUGUUGUUGUUUUACUUUAAUUCCGUAUCGUUGAAAUUGGAACCGUAUAUUUAUUUUUGCGGUAGCCAUUUUCUCUGAAAUUACAUUUUUGUAGAGACUAAAAAUAUACGGUGUUGAUUUUGUAAUCGGUAGAAUAUAUUGCUAAUGAACGAUUUCAAUGACAGUUUUAAAUAUAAGGUGAAAUAUAGUCUAAAUAAGCAUUAUAUGUUGUUACAUACGAAUUUAUUAUAAGAACUAUUAAAGGUAAAAGAUAACAUUAAAAUAUUUUUAAACGUGUAAAUAUUUAAAUGUAUCUAUGUGUGUGAAUGUUAAAAUAAUUUGUAAAUAUUUUACUUUAAAAUAAAUAUGAAAUCUUUUUUAAUAGUAAUAGUGCAGAAAUGUUUAAAAGGCGACAGAAUUUUGAUGGCGAGUAAAAGUCAAAGUUUAUUGUAUUUGCCGUAGACUGUGAGAGUAUAUUUUAAAACUUAUUGUCGUACUCUUAUUAUUAAAAUAUGCCAUUUACAGGCAUAGAGAUUUUUAAUUUGAAGAAUUUAUUGUGUAAACACAAAAUUUUGAAAACCUACAAAAAGUUUAUGAGCAAAAAACUCUCAAGUAACCAAUAAAAAUAAAGGAUAUGACAAUAUCGAAAAAGACCUUUGUAGCAAUCCUUCGUGAUUCCUCAUAAGGAUUACAUUUAAUUUAAAUCAAACAUUCCCGAAUACUAAAAGGUAAAUAGAUAAAAAUAUGUUGCAAUCUUUAUUUUAUGCAUAUAGGUACCUGAGAAUGUUCCACUGCUGGGCUAAGGCCUCCUCUCCCUUUUUGAGAAGCUUAUUCCAACACGCUGCUCCAAUGCGGGUUGGUGGAAUACACAUGUGGCAGAAUUUGAGUAAAGUUAGACACGUGCAGGUUUCCUCACGAUGUUUUCCUUCACCAUAAAGCACGAGAUGUAUUAUAAUCACAAUUAAGCACAUGAAAAUUCAGUGGUGCUAGUCCGGGUUUGAAUCCGCUAUCAUUGGUUAAGAUUCACUCGUUCUUACCACUGGGACAUCUCGGCUAUAUUAUGCAUAUUAUUCAAAUAAAAUAUUUCAUUGUUCUUUGUUUAUUAUAUAUAAUUCAUCAAUCGAAAAUGAGUGCAUUGAAGAUAAUUCAGUUUCCCGGCUGUGAUACAUGUUUGUACCUAGUCAAGUGCUGGUGAUGCUUGACUAACUUAUUUUUGGAGAGUUAUUUUUAAUAUUAGAUUUUAUAUCAUAUUUUAGGAUUGAUGUCAGAUUUUUUAUAUGCAGUUAUAUUUUAUCACAGACUGUUUUAACAUAGCUAUAUUACAUCAAAUUUUGCUUUUUAUUUGUCUCGUAUGUAACAUGUUUUAUAAAAAUGUGUAAUAGUGAUAAUAGAAAGCUAUUAUGUAAUACAAAAAACUUAUCUUUUGUUAAUUAAAUUUCGCUCAUAUCAAAUUGUUUUCUUUUCAUGAGCAUUAUUAUACUAUUGUACAUGUCUGCGAAUACCUUAUAUUAGUGCCAAAAUACUAGAAUAAGUACAAAUACUUUGUUUAUGAUAGGCCUUACUGAUUAAGUAAGUAGAAAGGUAUUCGUAUUGUGAAUACUUAGUACUUAUUUUAUAUUGCAACUUGCAAAAAUAUUGUAAAUAGUUUAAAUGUAAUUGUGACUAUUUUUGAAAUCCAGUGAAUAUAAUACAGUCAAGUUAGAUCAACUACAAAAAUAAUUCGAUAUAAAUCUGUAAAACAUUUAGUUUUAUAAUAAAUAUCAACCGAUCCCAUGAGUUUUAAAUAAUGGACUGAAUACGUAAAACUAAUUGUAACAUUGUAAAUAUUCUGCGGCUUUAAAAGUCGAGGUCAUUUUACAGAUAAGCUCAUAAAUGUAAAUACCUAAUGCGCUUAUAUUAUUAGUAGUAUGUCAUUCCGUUACAAUGAAAACAAAAUUGUACAUAUGUUAGAAUAAACUAAAACUUUUAUUGUUAAAUUUUAUAAAUACGGAUAUUUAAGAAUAAAAUUUUAAUUAUAUUAUAA